CCGGCGGGAUGAGUGAGGUGGAGGCGGCAGUGGUGGCGACAGCGGCCCCCGCGGCGACGGUGCCCGCGACGGCGGCAGGGGUGGUAGCGGUGGUGGUACCGGUGCCCGCGGGAGAGCCGCAGAAAGCAGGCGGCGGGGCGGGCAGCGGCGGCGGGGGCGGAGCCGCCUCUGGCCCCGCUGCUGGGACCCCCUCGGCGCCAGGCUCAUGCACCCCUGGCAACCCAGUGAAGGCGGCCUCGGGGACCCCCGCGCCCCCGGCUCGGAGUCAGGCGGACAAGCCGGUGCUGGCAAUCCAAGUCCUGGGCACUGUCAAAUGGUUCAACGUCCGGAAUGGUUACGGAUUCAUCAACAGGAAUGACACCAAGGAGGAUGUCUUUGUUCACCAGACAGCUAUUAAAAGAAACAACCCCAGGAAGUUUCUGCGCAGCGUUGGAGAUGGGGAGACUGUGGAGUUUGAUGUCGUGAAAGGAGAGAAGGGUGCAGAAGCUGCCAAUGUAACUGGGCCUGGGGGGGUGCCAGUGAAAGGCAGCCGCUAUGCCCCCAAUCGACGUAGAUUCCGCCGAUUCAUCCCCCGGCCUUGCCCAGCUGCCCCACCACCUAUGGUGGCAGAGGCUCCCUCAGGUGGAACAGAACCUGGUAGUGAAGGGGAGCGGGCCGAGGACUCUGGGCAGCGGCCCAGACGACGGCGCCCACCACCUUUCUUCUACCGAAGACGGUUUGUGCGAGGCCCUUGGCCCCCUAAUCAGCAGCAGCCUAUAGAGGGCACUGAUGGUGUAGAACCCAAAGAGACAGCUCCGCUAGAGGUGGACCAACAGCAGGGAGAUGAGCGGGUGCCUCCACCCAGAUUCCGACCCAGGUACCGAAGGCCUUUCCGCCCCAGGCCACCUCAGCAGCCUACCACUGAAGGUGGGGAUGGUAAGACCAAGCCCAGCCAAGGCCCCACUGAUGGUUCCCGGCCUGAGCCCCAGCGCCCACGAAACCGCCCCUACUUCCAGCGGCGACGGCAGCAGCCCCCUGGCCCCCGGCAGCCCACAGCCCCAGAGACCUCAGCCCCCAUCAACAGUGGGGACCCCCCUACCACCAUACUGGAGUGAUUCCAACUCAAAGGACACCCAGAGCUACCAUCUGGUAUCUGCCAGUUUUUUCCAACUGACCUGUACCCUACCCAGCACCCCCUCCCUCCUUUCCCAUAACUCAUGACAUCAGAAGACCGGCUUUUUCCCUUUUCCUUGAGACUCAGGAGGGCUAAAGAAACAGCCUUUUGCAUUUUUUUCCCCAUUCUUCCCUAUCAAGGGUUGAAGGAAGGGCUCCAUCCUUAGUGUUCGGAGGCAUCAACUUCCUCCCCUAAGUCAGGCUGAGAAGGAACCAGCCAGCUCUUAACCUCCUCCUGGUUGCUUUUCUUUCCCACCCAGUUUAUUUUUGUUUCCCUUCAACUCCCUACCUCUGAAGCCAUUUUAUGAACUGUCAUGUGCCACCUGAGCCUCCAGUAAAAACAAAAACAGGC